GAGAUCAAAAAUGAAGCUUGAGAACAUAGAAGAAGAAGGUCCGGCAAAUUGGCUGCCGGCGCCGGCGUAUCCAGCUCCAGAGACCCCGACGGAAUCGAUGGAGUUUCUAGCCAGGUCGUGGAGUGUCUCGGCUUCGGAACUCUCAAAAGCUCUGUCUUCCAAUGGACCAUCAUUACCACUUAAUUUAGCCAACAAUGAAUUAGAGAAACCAUUGAUCAUGAUUUCUAAUUCUGAUCUCACUCCCAACUAUACCAUUGCUAAAGAAUCUUAUUAUUAUUAUUCGACACAGAAUGCUGAACCAGUACAAAGUACUGAAAGUCCUCCUGUUUCUCCCCGUAAAAGUGAUGAUUCUAAGGAAUUAUUAUUGUUUCAUCAAGCCCUCAACCAAGAUUUAUUGAGCAACCAGCAGUUGGUUAGAAAUGGGAUAUACAAAAGUAUGAUGAAAGGAAGAACAAUGGGUCGAUCAUGGCUAAAAGACCAAAAGGAAAAGAAGAAACAGGAGCACCGAACCCACAACGCUCAUCUCCAUGCAGCUAUCUCCGUUGCCGCCGUGGCCGCCGCCGUCGCUUCAAUAGCCGCCACCUCAGCCGGUUCCGAGGAAAACAAAGGAUCAAUAAUAGUAUCACAAUCCAAGACUUCCUCUGCCAUGGCCUCUGCAGCAGCUUUAGUAGCCUCACACUGCAUCGAAAUCGCCGAGGAAAUGGGAGCCGACCACGCUCACAUCUUGUCCAUAGUCAGCUCUGCUAUCAAUGCUAAAACCAACGGCGACGUCAUGGCCUUGACUGCUGGUGCCGCCACCGCACUGAGAGGGGCUGCAACGCUUAAGGCUAGAAUGGAGAAGGGAAAUCAUGGUCAUGGAUCAGGAUCUGCAGCAAUGGCAUUAGGGUGUGAUCAAGAACAGAUAAGUGACGAGAGGAAGGAGACGAACUUCUUAACAGCACUCAAUUUCGUUUCCAAAGGAGGAGAACUUCUCAAACGAACUAGGAAAGGAGAUCUCCAUUGGAAGAAUGUCUCAAUCAACAUAAACUCCAAAUUACAGGUGGUGGCCAAGAUGAAAAGCAAACACAUGGGGGGAACAUUCACAAAGAAAAAGAAGUAUGUAGUGUCGGAUAUAUGUAGCGACAUUGGAGCAUGGAUUGGAAGGGAUGAGGCCGAAGAGAAAAGAGGUUACUUUGGGAUGAAGACCGUUGAUAGAGUGAUUGAAUUUGAGUGCAGGAAUAAAUGUGAGAAACAAAUGUGGCUUGAUGGGAUUCAAUAUAUGCUGCAUUGUAAGGCUUCAAUGGCAUAACUGAACAUGUA